AUUUUUGUCUCCUCUCUUCGGUUCACAAAAAUGGAUAUUCUUAUCAUCAUCUUCACCUCCAUAGCAAUCCCGCUUCUCCUUAUCUUCACAACUUUCUUGUAUCUGAUGCUUAAAAUAUACGUAGGAAAAUCCAUCAAAAACCCCAACUACGCACCUGUACGCGGCACAGUAUUUUACCAGUUCUUCUACUAUAACAACCUCUACGACCACCAAACUGAAGUGGCCAAAAAACAGAAGACCUUCCGGCUAAUUGGUCCUCUAGGAAGCAAUUUGUACACGACUGAUAUUAGAAAUAUUGAGCAUGUCUUAAAAACGAAAUUCUAUAACUAUUCAAAAGGGCAGUAUAAUCAAUUUGUCCUCACUAAUCUUCUUGGUCAAGGUAUAUUCAACGUUGAUGGAAAUAAAUGGAAGCAACAGAGAAAGCUUGCUAGCUUUGAGUUCUCUGCCAGAGUUCUUAGAGAUUUUAGCUGUUCUGUUUUUAGAAAAAAUGCUACCAAACUGGUUGGAAGUAUUUCAAGUGUUGCGAUAGCUGAUCAGGUUUUUGAUAUGCAAGAUAUUUUGAUGAGAUGCACUUUGGAUUCCAUAUUCAAAGUUGGAUUUGGAGUGGAAUUGAAUUGCUUGGAAGGGUCAAGUAAAGAGGGAACAGCUUUCAUGAAGGCUUUUGAUGACUCGAAUGCUUUGGUGUAUUGGCGCUAUGUCGACCCAUUUUGGAAACUGAAAAAAUAUUUAAAUUUUGGGUGUGAGGCUUUGCUUAGGAAGAACAUAAAGAUUGUUGAUGACUUUGUGAGCAACGUUAUCAGCAGUAGAAGGAAGCUGUUUGCCGAGCAACGAUACGAGAAUGUCAAGGAGGAUAUACUAUCGAGGUUCUUGGUGGAGAGUGAGAAAGAUCCUGAAACAAUGGAUGAUAAAUACCUGAGGGAUAUUAUUCUGAACUUUAUGAUAGCUGGUAAAGAUACAAGUGCUGGUACUCUGUCUUGGUUCUUCUAUAUGCUUUGCAAGAACCCUCUGAUACAAGAAAAAGUUGUACAAGAAGUGAGAAGGGUCACAGGUAGUGAUCAAGAAGAUGACAUUGGAGUUGAAGAUUUCAUGGCAAAGAUAACUGAAACGACACUUGAGCAAACGCAUUAUCUUCAUGCAGCUUUGACAGAGACCCUCAGGCUAUACCCUGCUGUUCCUGUGGAUGGGAGAUGUGCAGAAGUGGAUGAUGUUCUUCCUGAUGGGUAUAAAAUGAAGAAGGGAGAUGGAUUAUACUAUAUGGCCUAUGCCAUGGGCAGGAUGCCUUAUAUUUGGGGAGAGGAUGCUGAAGAAUUUCGCCCAGAAAGAUGGCUCAACAAUGGGAUUUUCCAACCUGAAUCUCCAUUCAAAUUUAUCGCAUUUCAUGCUGGUCCUCGGAUUUGUCUGGGAAAAGACUUUGCUUACCGGCAGAUGAAGAUAGUAUCAAUGGCUCUUCUCCGAUUCUUUCGCUUCAAAUUGGCUGAUGAAACCAAAAAUGUAACUUAUAGGACUAUGUUCACACUCCACAUUCAUGAAGGUCUACAUCUUCGUGCAAUUCCCAGGGGAAGCUCAUGAAUUUUGAUACGUGAAGCAAAUAAUUAUAUAAAUAUAUGUUUGGUUGGGUAGCAUUCUUGUUGCAAGGUUUAUUGUUGAGAUUUUGAUUUUCCUCUUUGAAAAUUGUAAUUCCAUAGUUGCAUAUCUAUGCUUGGGGGGUUUGUACUACAAUCCGGCAAUGGUAUGGAUUUUCUUCUUAGAUCACGUCGAACCCAUUCAAAAAUAAUAAAAUAAUAUUGUUAUUUAA